AUGGGGUGUGAAGUGCGAGUGGUAUUUUUUGCCGCGGCGAAAGAGUUGGUGGGAUGUCGUGAGGCAUCCUUGAGUGUUCCUAGUAGACUGAGCUUUUCCGAACUGAAGGACAUUUUAUUGGAAAAGUACGAGGCGUUGAAAAUUUUGGAAUCGAAUUUCAUCCUUGCCAAGAACCAGGAAUACCUGGACUUUGAAGGAGACGCACUGGUUGUGUUCAAAUCCGGCGACGAAUUGGCUGUGAUUCCUCCAAUCAGUGGAGGUUAG